AUGAUUUUAGAUGUGAAGUGUUCAAAUGAACAGUUAGAAGCCAAAAAUGAAUUAAAACUUAUGGAAGAAAGGUUAUUGGAUCAUCCAGAAGAUAAAUGUUUUGAAUUUAUACCACACGAUGAUAAAGAUAAUGUUAUAAAUUUUGGAGAUAGUGGUUCUUUAAAUAGUUUAAUUGAUACAAGGGUCUCUAAUAUUUAUUGGAUGAAUAUUGUUUCAUUUAAGACUGAAACAGAAAAACCGGAAGAUCAGUUGAAUAUAUCAACGACAACAACAACAACACUCACUCCAUCGACUAUAACACAACAAAUAUUAAUACAAAAUGUAAAACCUACAAACAAAGUUAUCAAUGGUAAUGUUUCAAAUACAAACCAAGUUAAUGAAGUAAAUACAGUAAAGAAUGAAACAAUCAAAAAUCAUACACAGUCUUCACUCUCUGAAAAUUCAUCAUUUGAAGGUUAG